UCUGGUUCAUGCGUCUCUCUCCGCACUUUCUCUCUCCGCACUUUCUCUCUCAUCCCCCACUCGCACUGAGCUGAGCUCACCACCCGAGCUUCUCAAUUUCCCCAUUUGUAGAGUCCCCACAGUCUCUCUGUCUCCUCUCCUUCUUUCUCUGCUUUCUUCUUCUUCUUCUUCUGUGAGGAAGGAGGAGGAGUGGAAUUAGAGUCUACAAUGUCGGGCUACUCGUUUCUGAACGACCAGCUCUCGAAGAGGACCUCCAUUUUCGGUUUGCAUUUGUGGGUAGUUUUGGGAAUUUGCGUCGGAGCCGCCAUUGUUCUCGUCCUCUUCCUCAUCUCUCUCUGGUUCACUUCCCGCCGCAACAGCGCCUCCUCAAAAGCCAAGACCUUUACCCACCACUCCUCCACUAUCCCAAACGUCUCCAAAGAGAUCCAAGAAAUCAGAAUUGACCACGCCCGGAACCACCCAUCGCAACCCGACCCGAAACCCACCAACCACCAGAGUCACCCCGACCCGGUUGCCGACUCUGACUCCUCCGGGGCCAGACCACAACCCCUGCUUCUUCAGCAGGACGAUCACCACGAAAGCCCGGCUGGGAGCGCCGGCCGGCAGAGAAUUCACAUUGAGAUUGGGAAGGACCACCGGAUUUCGUACCCGGAGAAGGGCGGCGGGUCGUCUCAUGGCAGCGGCGAGGUUCGGUCUGGGGACCAGGGGAUGAUCGCCGCGCCGGAGGUUUCACAUUUGGGGUGGGGCCAUUGGUACACUCUCAGAGAGCUUGAGGAUUCCACUAAUGGGUUUGCCGACGAGAAUGUGAUUGGUGAAGGCGGCUAUGGAAUUGUUUACCGCGGUGUUUUGGAGGAUAAUACGAUUGUUGCUGUAAAAAAUCUGCUUAAUAACAAGGGACAAGCCGAGAAGGAGUUUAAGGUCGAAGUUGAAGCGAUUGGCCGUGUUCGCCAUAAGAAUUUAGUGAGGUUGCUUGGUUAUUGUGCUGAAGGAGCUCAUAGAAUGCUUGUAUAUGAGUAUGUUGACAAUGGAAAUUUGGAACAAUGGCUUCAUGGUGAUGUUGGGCCUACAAGUCCUCUUGUGUGGGAGAGUCGUAUGAAUAUAAUACUCGGGACAGCAAAAGGGUUGACUUACUUGCAUGAGGGGCUUGAGCCAAAGGUCGUUCACCGUGAUAUUAAGUCUAGCAACAUCUUACUUGAUAAGCAGUGGAAUUCAAAAGUAUCCGACUUUGGCUUAGCAAAGCUCCUUGGCUCAGAAAGGAGUUACGUGACAACUCGAGUGAUGGGAACAUUCGGAUAUGUAGCUCCAGAAUAUGCCAGUACUGGUAUGUUGAAUGAAAGAAGUGAUGUGUAUAGUUUUGGAAUUCUCAUAAUGGAGAUAAUUUCUGGGAGAAACCCAGUGGACUACAGCCGCGCUCCAGGAGAGGUGAAUCUAGUUGAGUGGCUUAAAGCAAUGGUUACAAAUCGGAAUGCUGAGGGAGUUUUGGAUCCUAGGUUACCAGAGAAGCCUUCUUCCAGAGCACUGAAGCGUGCUCUUUUGGUUGCAUUGCGUUGUGUGGACCCAAAUGCUCAGAAGAGGCCUAAAAUGGGGCAUGUGGUACAUAUGCUUGAGGCCGAUGAGUUCCCUUUCCGAGAUGAGCGCAGGGCUGGAAGAGAACAUGGACGCUCACCGCUUGAUGCUGGAAGGAUGGACAAGCGUGUGAUUGAAUCAGGUGAUAGUAGCGGGUAUGAGAGUAGUGCCCAAACUAACAUGUCGUUAUGGAGAAAGCAAGAAGUUGAAGAAGAGCAUUAGCCCCUCACCAGCCACCAGUUUCAUGUGUGAGGUGAAUUGACGCACCUCGUUUUGGCCCUAUGCCUCUGUCUAGGUGAUAUGUUAAAUUAUCUGUUAUUUAUUUCCCUGUAUAGCCCCAUUCACGUCAAUACGAGCUUGCACUUCGGUGGAUUCUCUAGCAUUUUGUUGCCUCCUCUCAAUGUAAGUUGAAUAACCAGAACACUGUUUUUCAUUCCACCGUCUUUGUUAUGGUAAUUCAGUUUUCGGAAAUAGUAAAUCUCUCGUCUUUAUUAAA